AAUCACUCCUAGUGCGCAGGCGCGUUUCUCACGCGCCCGUUUGGUGCAGGUCGCUUGCGCACGCGCAAAAUCCUUCCGGUUUUUCGGAAAGAGUGCCUCUCAUGGCCCGAGCUCUGAAGGACAACUCUGGCAAAAGCAGAGGGAGCAGGAGGGACAGUAGAGUGGUCAGACGACUUCCCAACAACCCGGUAAACUGCAGCAGCAGAGGAAGUGUGAGCCUGGACAGUACAUACCAGCAAGAGACCAUUCCUAGAAACCCUGCAGAGGGAAUCUGGCCGAACUGCAGGCUAGAGGCCACCCGCCUGGCCAACUGGCAUCACAGGCAGAACCAAUCCCAGACAGGGCAGUGCCAAGUGGCACGGACAGACUUGUCCUCGCAGACAUUGGCUGAUCCUUUUGGGCAGGCAACACAGAGAGCAGCCAUGCAGAAUCUUGUCCUUCCAAGAAUUCCAAUUGCCAGGAGACAUGGGCAGAACUACACUGAAGCUGGACUUCAGUUUCAACUGUGGAGCCAGUGGGGAAGCAGUCAAGCUUUGCCUCUUGCAAACGUGGAUCAUGACCAGCACCUUCCAGUGGCAACGCCUGUCGGGGAAAGGAGCACCUGGGAAGAGGAGGUGUCGAGCCGUGUGGCGGCACAACUGCGUGUCAUAGGGGAUGAAAUGAACGAGUUGUAUCUUCAGGGAUGGAAUGGUGCUUGGGAAUGGCAGCACUGGCCCGGGGUGUGGCGAGGACUCUUCAACUUCAUUACAGAGACUCUGACUGCAUUCCACCUCCCGGGAUGGCGAUAAGCAGAAGAUGCCAGCAAAGGACAAGGACAGAGUGACCAGCUACUGCGGGGACAAUUUUCACAAUCCGCUGGUUCGGAU